CUUUGUUAUCGCAACCCAGAUUCCGUGCCACACAAGAUGUUCAAAGCGUCGUCUCCUCUUUUCUCAGGUCUUCUUUGGAAGAUCCCAUGGCGAAUCUCGCAGCCCCAGAAAGCUCGCCAGAGGAAGCGCCUUCGCACUGUCGAUCGUGUGGUAGACACCAUCAGCGCAGCCCUUGCCCGUAACGGACAGAAAGCGCGAUCCGUCGACCGGUGGUAUCGGGAAAUGCCUCGCGAGGAGGAGAUGCUGCCCAAGGAUAAAUACACUCUCUUCGACAAGAAGGAAAAGACAUACCGCAAAGGCAUUCAUAAGCUGCCGAAAUGGACACGAGUCAGCCAGCGCGUGAACCCUCCCGGUUUCUAAACAGUUGCUUGGAGCACUAUCUCGAAGCAAUUCGAUGCGAACACUGCCACCAGGCUUUCGGGGCCGAACAUUGCGAGUAAAUACUGGGAUUCAUAUUGUACGAUACACCUUGACGCUUGUUGGCCAUGUUUUCUCAUGAGAGAGCGUCUUAAACUAGAAAACGGAUACACGAGGGCUUACCGGAGUUUUGGCAACUGGGCAAAUCGCACCAUGACUGUUGAAUUUCCUUGUUUAGUUACAAUCAUAGUUACUUUUAGUCUCGAGCGCAUGUA